GAGACUCCAGCUGGGUUUAUUAGCCCCACCCCAGCAUCUCUUACAAAUUCAGGGCGGAUGGGUCCUCCGGGCUUUUUUCCCCUCUGGCUUUUAGUGGCAAUGUUUGUUGGAAGGGUGACUGCUAUUCAUAGGCACUCCGAACACGUUAAGGUGGCGACAGACAAGGUUGCAGGCAAGCUGAGCUCCACUCUCUCAUGGGUGAAGAACACGGUGUCGCACACCGUCAGUCAAAUGGCCAGCCAGGUGGCGAGUCCAUCUGCCUCCCUCCACACCACAUCCCCCUCCACCACCCUGUCCACACCCGCCCUGUCACCAUCCUCACCAACACAGCUCAGCCCAGACGACUUGGAAUUGCUUGCUAAACUUGAGGAACAGAACAGACUCUUGGAAACAGAUAGCAAAUCCUUACGAUCAGUAAAUGGGUCAAGAAGAAAUAGUGGCUCUUCUCUUGUAUCUAGUUCAUCAGCUUCUAGCAAUCUCAGCCAUCUUGAAGAAGACUCGUGGAUCCUGUGGGGGCGGAUUGUGAAUGAAUGGGAAGAUGUACGCAAAAAGAAAGAAAAGCAAGUUAAGGAGCUGGUUCGAAAAGGGAUACCUCAUCACUUCAGAGCAAUUGUUUGGCAACUUUUAUGCAGUGCUCAAAACAUGCCAAUUAAGGAUCAGUAUUCAGAGCUUUUAAAAAUGACAUCUCCUUGUGAAAAAUUAAUAAGAAGGGACAUUGCUAGAACAUACCCUGAACAUGAUUUUUUCAAAGAAAAAGAUAGCCUUGGGCAGGAGGUCUUGUUCAACGUAAUGAAGGCUUACUCUUUGGUGGAUCGUGAAGUUGGAUACUGUCAAGGAAGUGCUUUUAUAGUUGGAUUACUUCUUAUGCAGAUGCCAGAAGAAGAGGCAUUCUGUGUGUUUGUUAAAUUAAUGCAAGAUUACAGGCUGCGAGAGCUCUUUAAACCAAGCAUGGCUGAACUGGGCCUUUGUAUGUACCAGUUUGAAUGCAUGAUACAGGAACAUCUUCCAGAGCUUUAUGUGCACUUUCAGUCUCAGAGUUUUCACACUUCUAUGUAUGCAUCGUCGUGGUUUUUAACUAUAUUCCUUACGACUUUUCCACUACCAAUUGCAACAAGAAUAUUUGAUAUCUUUAUGUCUGAGGGUUUAGAGAUAGUAUUUCGAGUAGGUUUAGCAUUACUGCAGAUGAACCAGGCAGAAUUACUGCAACUUGACAUGGAAGGAAUGUUACAGCACUUUCAAAAGGUCAUUCCACAUCAGUUUGACAGUGGUCCAGACAAAUUAAUCCAAGCAUCUUACCAAGUCAAAUACAAUGCAAAAAAGAUGAAAAAGCUAGAAAAAGAGUACACUACAAUAAAGACAAAAGAAAUGGAAGAACAAGUUGAAAUUAAGAGGUUACGGACUGAAAACAGACUCCUGAAACAGCGCAUUGAAACACUAGAAAAAGAAAGUGCUUCCUUGGCAGAUAGAUUGAUACAGGGACAAGUGACAAGGGCCCAGGAGGCUGAGGAAAACUACCUCAUAAAACGGGAGCUGGCCACCAUCAAACAGCAGAGUGAUGAGGCCAAUACUAAACUGGAGCAAGCUGAGAAUACCAUCAGGGAGCUCCAGCAACAGCAGCAAUGGCAUAAAUGCAGUUCACGAUACAGUGAAGACUUUGUGCUACAGCUGGAAAAAGAGCUGGUCCAAGCCAGGCUGAGUGAAGCAGAAUCCCAUUGUGCCCUGAAGGAGAUGCAAGAUAAAGUUCUAGAGAUGGAAAAGAGGAACAGCUCUCUCCCUGAUGAGGAAAAUGUUGCCAGACUACAAGAAGAACUGAUUGCAGUAAAAUUAAGAGAAGCAGAAUCUUUGAUGGGUCUCAAAGAACUGAGGCAGCAAGUCAAAGAUUUGGAGGAACACUGGCAGCGUCACCUAGCUCGUACCACUGGAAGAUGGAAAGAUCCUCCCAAAAAAAAUGCACUGAAUGAGCUACAGGAUGAGCUGAUGACAGUGCGGUUGAGAGAAGCAGAAACUCAGGCUGAGCUGAAAGAGACCAAACAAAGAAUGAUGGAGGUGGAGACACAGAAUCAGAUCAAUAGUAAUCACUUACGAAGGGCAGAGCAAGAGGUUACCAACCUACAGGAGAAGGUGCAGUAUCUUUCUGCACAGAACAAAGGACUCCUGGCUCAGCUGAAUGAAGCAAAACGUAGACAAGCAGAGAUUGAAUGCAAGAGCAAAGAAGAAGUGAUGGCAGUCCGGCUCCGUGAGGCAGACCGCAUUGCAGCUGUGGCAGAACUCCAGCAGCAUAUUGCUGAACUAGAAAUCCAGAAAGAAGAAGGAAAAAUUCAAGGGCAGCUUAAUAAAUCUGAUUCUAACCAGUACAUCAGAGAACUGAAAGAUCAGAUAGCUGAGCUGCAUCAUGAGUCAGCAUCAGGUAAGAAAGUUUAUUUUAAGGUUCAAGGAUCUGAUUGUUAGCCUUUUUCAGCUCUUCUGUAUUUGUGGAAGUACACUGUUACCUCUUAAGUGUAUCUACAGUUAAGUAUUUUCAUACAUUGACCAGCAGACAUACAGUUUAUCUUUAAAAUGCUGAAUUCUUUAGACACAAGAAGGUGUAUAAAUGUGCACGUUAUUAAGAUUUUGUUCUUGAUUCAGCUGGCUUUUGAAGGGAUAAUGAUGAUAUAUAUUUUGAUCACAUAAUGUUAUUAACCCUUUGAAAUGUCCUAAAGACCAUGUGAAUGUGUUGUAGUGAAAACUGGGUUGAAGCUGCAGUCAUCUAGACAGUAUGUCCUGGAUUUGAGAAUUAAAAGUAAAACACAUGGGGUUUACCAGACCUGGUUUUUUAUUGGUUGCUUUUUUUUUUUUUAGAGAUCAGUUUGCAAGAUUUGAGAUUCUUGCAAACUGAAGCAGUAAAAACCAGGUUCCUUUAAAUGUUACUUGUUGGAGUGACAGAGAUGUAGUUCCCUUCACAUGAAGGAAGGCCAGACCCAAAACUGAAAGCCUUUAACCAAUAUCGACUGUAUAAAAGAGAAGAGAAACUAAGAGACCCUGGGGUGCAAAUCCAUACUUUGCUCAACAUGGCUGUAGUUCCUUCAGGGAUAAGUAUGGAGUAGAACUAGGGUAUGGGGGGAGUGUUUGGGUUGGGCCCACAUGUCCUGGAUUCCAAGCCCAUUGUCUUGGCUAGAUGAAUGGCAAGAUCUUGGCCUAAUGCUUUAGUUCCUACCUUAAGCUCUUUUCCCAUGUCCAAAUGAAACACUGACAACAAGAAUCUCAAGUCUGUCUUAAAAAACUGACAAGUUAGUUUCAGUGUGAAUAAGGUGGUUAUUUGUCUAUUGCAGAAUCUAAGCCAUAUCUACACAAUGGCAAACAUAGAAUUGGUAGAAAUCAGGAAAGAUGUUUUCAGUUGGUAUUGAGUCCUCUGACACUGGCUUAGCAUGCAGCCCCAGCCAAAUCAGACAAGGCAACACUGGGCAUUAAUAGGAAGUAUAUUAAAAACCAAGUAAAGGGAGUUGUAUUGCCACUUGGCAUCUGGAUAGAUGUAAAGAAUUUAAAGAAGGUCAGUAGGAGAGUUAAAGGGAACUGAAUGAUUGUUGUCUUGAUUAACACAUGUUUAUGAGAGGCUAAAAUGGAUUGGAAGUCAUCUGCUCUAGAGAGAAAACUGAAGAAGGUACUAUGAUAUGAGUUUCAGAAUAAUUACCUCCCCCUCUCCCCCCGCAUUGUCCUCUUCAGCAGUGUUGCUCUCCAGCCAGCUGAUCCUCAUAACACAAACAAGGUCUGUGCCACAGUGUUCUGGCUGAGGUGGCCAUUUCUGAAGCAGACAGAAAUUCUGGAGCUCUCUGACCAUUGAUAAAUGUGUAGUAUGUAUUCUCUGCAGUAUGUUAUGUUUCUCCACAGCAGUCUGUUUCCCCUUGCAUGUGAGGAGUGCAUAAGAAAAAAGGCAGGCAAGUGUAAAGCUGCAGAACAAAAAUGUUUCAGGAAAGUCAGAGAUUUGUUAUUCUAACGAGGGGAUGCACAAAGAUAACGCAGUGUUUUCUGAGACUCCCUUUAGGAACUGGCAAAGGCUGUGUCUAUUUAUCAUUAUCUUCACCAACAGCAUUUUCCACAGACUCCCAUUUGGAACAGUUGCUGCCUAAAACUGUGAAACCAUGAUUUUGUCAUGUUACCUAAAUAAGUUCAUCUAAGGGUAUCAUGUUUAAGUCUUCAGGAAAACAGUUGAGGUCAUUGGCUUGGCUUUCUGAGUGUUCAAAACAACUAACAUUGAGUAUCAGCUUUAUAAUUUCAGGUGAACCAGUGGCUUAACUGUACAGACCUAAAAGCAUAUAAUUUCUUACUCUAAUAUGAAGUCUGUAGUCACUUGUACAGCAGUUCUUUUUUUUUCCUGUGGUAAGGGUGGAGAGAAAUUGUUGGGUUUCUGUGUUUUAUUUUCCUAGUGACUAAAAUUGAUAGCUGUUUUGGAAAAUUCAUGUGGUAGCUAAUCUGAUCAUAUUGCAGGAUAUUUUCAGGAAUGAUAUUUCUAAAUAACACAAGAAUUUCUGUACCAGGCUUUUUGAAUCUAGGUAUAUAAGCUAGUAAAAAUUAUCUAUUCCAGAUAUAUUUAUAUUUUACAUAAGCUGGUUUUGUUUGUGUCAUGAGUUAUGCUGUACAAGUGUGGAACUCUGUUUUUCUUGUCUUUAUACAAAGUCCUCAUGAAACAACAGCAGCCUAUGUGUAUGUGAAGAAAAUGCAAAAAACGAAUGUUAGUAUGCAUAGUAACCACAAAGGUUUACAUCUACAUCAUGUUCCCAUAUUCCUAACAGGGAUUUUUUGCUAUAACAUCCAAAGUUGGAGUUUUUACAUGCUAACAUGCAAUUUAAUGGCUUCUAGCAUGAUUAUGACUCUUGUGAUCUUUUUUCAACUCUUUUUUUGUUCUCAUCUUCUGCACAAGCCCAUGGUAAGUACAGAGAUUCUUUCUUCCCCAAAUGGACAGGUAAAAAUCUCCUAUUAGUGUCAAUACUGAGGACAUACAAGCACUUCUUGUUUAUCAAAGGGAACAUUGCUUCAGAUUUCUGAAACAUGAAACAGAUUUUGGUAAAGAAUCUUCAGCAUUUUAUUCCUUCUAUUCUCCAGGUCUCUUACUGUAAAAAGCUGCUUCCAAAUUAGCAAUAGAUGCAUCUUUUAAGCUUUUAGAGUGACAUUAGGAAGGUCUGUAAUCAGUUUUGAAUGUUUAACUGCAUCCUCGGGAUUUUUUAUCUGAAUAUCUCAGACUGUCAAACUGACCCUGAGGUAUUUUCUACUAAAAGCUAACAAAAAUGAAAUUCUAGAUGAAACAAACCAAAACAUCAUGAAAACAACCAACCUUCAGAAUGUCUUCCAUGAGUUGCAGUUAUUUUUCAUUAAAUUAAUAGGGGACUUGCCAAACUUUAGGGCUUUGGGUCUUAGUUUUGAGUAGUUUGAAUGCAUGGUUGAAAUUGUGUAUCACUCUGCAGCACACUGAAUUAAAAUGUUAUCUGUCCAUGGUCAGACAAUAAUUUUUCUCAUGUUUGAUGUUUUCUUAAAAUUGCAGCUACAAUCUCUUUAUACUGUACUGAGAUGUUUCUCUCAUACUACUUGAUGUGAAAUCUCAUUGGAUCUGAAUUAGAUAAUUAAGACACUUAAUGUUGCAAUGUAGACUGAACUAAACAUACUCUUGGGGGUUUACUUGGGACCUUGUUCAUUGAAGGGGGGGCUUUCUCAAGUAAGAAAUCAGGCAAUAUGAGAAAGAAUGGAGCUGUAAAAGUAAAAUGUUAAGGCCAAAAGUUGAAACAAAUAGGUCACUCUAGAUGAUAGAAACCAUUCUUGUGGGAUAUUAAAGAUGCAGUAAAAGCAGAAUCUCUCAUUAUUGAUUCUAGGUACCUUGAUUAUUAAGUCUUAAAACUGUAAUAGUUGAAGUGAUCAUCAAAUGUGCUACUUUCAGAUCUUUCAUUUUAUCCAGUAAGAGUUCAAUGAGGCAUUUCUUGAAAAUGCACUUUUUUUUGGUUUGGUUGUUUGGGUUUUUUUAUUGCUGGACUCUUGAGCUGUGAUUAACUGUCAACUUCCACUUUUUCUAACAGAUCAAAUGUCUAAAAGGCCAGAAAAACUUCUCAGACCAACCCACUUUUGAUGGGAUUCACAUUGUCAACCAUUUCACAGGAGAUGAUGAAUCAUUUCAUUCUUCUGAUGAAGAUUUUAUAACUAACUCCAUACAGGAGAGUGG